AUAAUCCACAUUACUCACCGGCGGCAGUUACAGUUCAGUUCUUCAAUGGCGAAUGAAGGUUCUAGAGAAAUGAUGAUCAUAUGGGACUUUGAUCGGACAAUCAUCACCGAAGACUGUGAUCGGUGGGUGGUUCUUGAGACUGACCUCACCAAACUCUUUCAUCGCGUCCGCGUCUCACUCGAUUGGAUUCAAAUCAUCGAUAGGAUGAUGGAUGCACUACAUGCUCAGGGGAAAACAAUCAACGACUUCGUUGACCGUUUGAAUAAGUUUACGAUCGAUCCACAAAUGAUUUCAGCCAUCCGAUCGGCUCAUGAACUCGGAUGUGAAAUGAAGGUACUUAGUAAUGCUAAUCAGUUCUUCAUUGAGACAAUCUUGAAAAACAAUGGAGUGUUUGAGUGUUUUUCGGGUAUUAUAUCGAACCCGACUGUUGUGGAUGAAGAAGGCAGGCUUAGAAUCUUGCCUUACAAUGGAAGGCAUUUUUUCCCUCAUGGCUGCAAGCAUUGCCCUCCAAAUCUGUGCAAGGGGAUUGUGAUUGAUAAGAUUCGAGAAUCGGAUACAAAGAAACGGGGCAUAAUCUACAUCGGAGAUGGGAAAGAUGAUUUUUGUCCAGUUAUGAAACUUACUGAAGAAGACCAUGUGAUGCCCAAAGAAAAGUUGAUUUUGUAUUACAUUCUUACACUAACAAAAUUACCUGUCAACCCCAAAAUUCAUGCCUGGAAAGACGGAGAACAGCUCGAAAACAAUUUGGUUCGCCUUCUUUCGCCACAACCUGAAGUCCUAGAGAGUUGAAACCAGAAAUUGGUAGAUGCAUUGGUAUGUUUUUGCGCGUUGUGUUUGUAGGUAAAACGGUUUCUGAUACUUGUUUGCGUAGUUGUGGGUAGCGUUUUAUGAGAGUUUUAGAUAGUUUUGAUCAUGUAAGAUGUUUGGAGACGAUGAAUGACGGUAGCUUUGGUUGGUGUCGAGUUUACAAGUUUAUGAAUGCAUAUAAAUAAGUAGAUUGUUUUGUAUGAAGCAAUUUGCAACAGUUGGUAGCUA